ACAAACACAAACACAUUCACUCAAUCGUUGACCAAUGCUGAGCGUUAAGUUCUAUCAACAAUAAUCCGGUUUUGAAAACAACUUAUUUGAUUCAGAACGUUUUUCUGCAUAUUGUAAAUGUGAUUUCAAGUUCAAGUGCAAAUAUUGUGUUGUUUUUCGCGAGUGUUGAACUACGAGAUGAAUUUAGGCAUUCUUUUAUUGCUUUUUUUGGCAUUCUCAACUUAUGCAGAAACUCAGAGUGCAAAUGAUAGUGAAAGUGAGAGUGAUGAAACCGAUUGUUUGGGUUUUUACGCACACAGCUUGAGCGGUCCGUGGAAGUCUUUAACUGACAUUAUUGGAAAUGGAACUGUGCAUGAUUUCGAGAAUCUCAUAAGAAACGUUGCGAAUCUAACCGAUAAUUUGAAGAGUCAGGCACUGUUUUAUGCUUCUGAAUCGGAUAAUGAUCAAAUUACGGAUGCUCUUGUCAAAAAUGGUUCAGAUGUUAAUGUCAAACUAUCCGAUGGGUGGAGGCCAAUCCACUGGGCAUCGUGGAACGGGUUUGAUCAUGUCGUGGAUUUACUAAUUAAAAGGGGUGCAGAAUGUAAUAUAGCGAAUAAUUAUGGACGAACAUCUUUACAUCUGGCUGCAUUCAACGGACAUGUAUCGACUGCAGAGUUACUCAUUCAAAAAGGUGCUCAGGUUAAUUUCAAUGAUUGUUUGGGGUUGUCGUCUCUUAUGUUCGCAGCAUCAACUGGUCAAGUGCGAAUGGUUGAACUUUUGCUCAAAAACGAUGCCGAUAUAUAUAUGAAAAAUACAUUCAAUAAAACAGCUCAAAUAAUUGCAACGGAGAGAGGCUACCCUGGUGUUGUUCAGCUGCUCAAAAAAGCUCGAAGUUCAUUUAAAGCAUGUGAAAGGGAUUCAAAAGUUCCGGUCGAAAAUGUUCUGAAUGGUGAAUCAGUGCAGAUAGAGCAAUUCCCAUGGAUGGCAGCGUUGGGUUAUCUCGACGAACAGUAUCGCGUAUCUUUUACAUGCGCCGGCACCAUUAUAUCCGAAAAUUUUGUAAUGACUGCUGCCCAUUGCACGUCCAAAGAUGGUAAGCUACCGAUCGUCGUAAGGCUUGGCAAGGUAUCACUGACAGAUGGAGAUGGGUCCAGGCCAAUAAAUCAUCCCAUUGAGGAAAUCAUUCUUCAUCCCGAUUACAAUGAAUAUACACAGCGCCACGACUUGGCGCUGAUUCGAGUUGGUUCCCGUAUCAAGUUCUCCAACAAAGUGGCAAAAGCCUGUUUACAUUCAGAUUUACACGAUGAAAGCCCAGACGUUAAACUUUUGGCAACUGGUUGGGGACGAUUUGAAUUGAAUAGUGUUGUGCAAUCGAACGUGCUGAAAAAGAUUCCAUUGAAAACGGUUCCGCUGAUUGAAUGCAUUACAAAUUUCUUGCGAAAUAUAAAUGUUAGAGUUCUGAUUGGUGGCAUUGGUAGAGGACAAUAUUGUGCAGUUCAUACAGAACAAAAUGUAUCAACGUGUACAGGAGACAGUGGAGGACCCCUUCAAAUGUUCCUAAAUGGUUCAAAUAUUCCGAUUGUUAUUGGCAUCGUUUCAUUUGGAGUAAGCUGUACCCAUGACACGCCAAGUAUUUACACUCGCGUUGCUUAUUAUUUGGAUUGGAUUGAAUCGUUUGUGUGGCCACGCAAUGGUACCGUUCCCAUUGGAAAUACCAUUUUUUUGAAUAAAAUAUAAAAUUGAUUUUUCUAUAGUCGACAAUGAUGAAAGUUUAAAAUUUAAAAUAAUGAAA